UAUUAAACCAUCAGUACUUUCCGUGCAUCGUUACCGAACGUACGUUGUAAAUCAUAGUUGACUUUUUUCGUCGUUAAACGCUGAUAUCAUCGCGUCAGUAUACAACAGAUAUUGAAGAACACCACAAGAUGCUCACGGUUACAUUGGCUCUGUCUCUCCUUGGUAUUGUUGGUGCCCAAGUUCCGAGCCUUGGUUUCUGUCCUAAUGUGGAAACAAUUCCCACUUUUGAGGUCGAAAAGUACACCGGGAAAUGGUACGAGCAAUUUCGAUAUUUCGCAAUUUUUGAACUUGGCGGCAAAUGUGUUACCGCCAACUAUUCUUUGAACGACGAUGGAACGGUCAAAGUUGUCAAUGCCCAAGUUAACUCCUUAACUGGAAGUCCGAGUAGUAUCGAGGGUUCAGCUAGAAUAGUGGACGCCAACGAUCCCGGAAAAUUAGAAGUCCGUUUCUCAUUAUCACCAGUGAAAGGCUCCUAUUGGAUAUUGGAUACUGAUUAUGAGUCGUACUCAGCUGUUUGGAGUUGUCAAGGUUUUCUCAUUGCAAACACCAAGUUUGCCUGGAUCUUGACGAGAGAUCGGAAUCCUUCAGAGGCCGUCAUCGAUAAAGCGAAGGACGCUUUCCGAAAAUAUGGCAUAAACGUCGAUCUGUUUCAAAAGACCAAUCAAGUGGAUUGUUAGUUACCACUGGCAUUUGUUGAGGAAUCUGUGGAUAAAAAUAAAAAUGUAACUGUUAUCAUUGCAUCUAACAAAGAUCAAAA